CCCACCGCUGGCGGACUUCGGAAUUGGCUGGCGGCCUGACGGGCGCCGCGGCCGCAGCGCGUUUCCGCAGUUUGUCGAGCCCCGAGGAUGCGCGCCCUGCCAGCCCUGGACGCGCCCCCGAGCGAGCACCUCCUGUCCCGGGACUCCGGGGCGCCCCGGGCCCGGGACGCGGCGGGGCCGACGCGCAGGAGCGCGGUGGAAAGGCUGGCAGCCGACCGCUCCAAGUACGUGCGGGGCCCGCCGGGAGCCGGCCCAGGCCCGGCUUGCGAGGGCAGCAGCCCCGGGGCGAGCGAAGGGCAGGCGGGCGACCCUCGGCCCCCGGCGCGCGUCCCCGGUCCGGUGGCGCGCAGGGCCAUAGCGCGGAAGCCGCUGAGGCCGGACUCGCUGGUUAUCUACCGACAGAAAUGCGAGUUCGUCCGAGGGUCGGGAGCCGACAGCCCCAGGGGAGGCCUGGUGAAGAAGCUCUUCCAGGGGCCCGGCAAGGACAAGACGCCGGGGUCCCCCGGCACGUCCCGGGUGGGAGAGGAGGGCGGGGCCGGGGCCCAGGAGGCCGCCGCGACUGAGCCCGGCCCCGUCGCGGCUCCCGCGGUGCCAGGGCCCUCCGCGCCCCCGGCACCCGCCCCUCCGGUCAGGGCGCCCUCCAGAGUUCCGGCGGCGCCCCGGGGUCCGGAGCUGCUCGGGGCGAGGCACCGGGGGCUGCAGCGCUCGCAGUCCGACCUCAGCUCGCGCUACUCCGCGUCCUUGGCCGAGUUUGACACCUUCUUCCAGUACUGCGGCCUGGAGCCCGAGGUGGUGGAGGCGCUCGGGCGGGAGAACUUCUCCGCCGGGUCGGACCUCGUCGCCCUCAAGGUCCGCAGCGUGAGCGUCGCCACCUCCGACAGCGGCUUCUCCCGGCACAGCGGCGGCGACGAGGGGCUGCAGGAGGGAGAGCUGACGGAGCAGGUGCCCAGCACCACCUCGGUGGUCGAGAGGAACGCCCGCAUCAUCAAGUGGCUGUACACCUGUAAGAAGGCCAAGGAGACCCCCGGCCAGGGGCUGCAGGGCCCAGCGUGACCGCUGCGCCCCGGGAGACCCGGACCGAGGAAGCAAGCCUUCCCGACAGUGGGGACUCCGUGAAGUACGUCUGGAUGAUUGGGACCCCAGGGCCAUCCUCACUGCCAGCUUUUGUCCAGUGUACCCAGGUGUCCAUAUGAUCGCUGUUUUCCCAGGAAUAAAGCACACCAUUGAAGAAGCCUAAGCAAUUUCAGAAGGUUUGAAGUGCUAUGGAGAACAUGGGAAUAUAGAACUGGGAAAUUAGCUGAGUUACAACUGUUGUGACACAGCUGAAGCUCUGGAAGAUAUUUUCUUGUGUUAGGUGGACCUGUCCUUGCUUCCAGAGAGCAGCGAAGGGGAAAAGCUGCUUGGAAAUAUUUUCAAGGGCAUCUUUUUGAGUGGCUUGCUGACAGAGAGGUACAAUGAUACAUUUUAAUGAUAUCUCAAUUAAUUUUGAAAAGAAAAAAAGGCAAAGAGCAU